AUGUUUUUCUUUUUGUGAGACAGACAUGGGUUACUUGCAAUGACAGGUGAAGGAUUGUGGGAGUUAUUUGAAAACUAAAAAUUGAUCAUGAGCAGGCAGAAUUAAGUUCUAGCAACUGCAGGUUGACAGCAGUCCACUCAGAAUGAUCUGCAUGUGUAUACAGUCAUGUGAGCAUGCAAUUUUCUAUUCUUGCUGGUAGCUGUUAUUAGUUUGUCCCCCACCCUAAACCUCUUCUGCUACACCCAUAGCCAGUGGCUGUGUUAGAUUUUUUCAAGCAUUACAGCAGAAUUGCAGGAGUCACUAGUAGGCGGCAGUACUUUCUCCUUUUCUUGCCAAUGUAGAUUCCUUCCAGGUCUAUUUCCAAAACUUCCACAGCAAGAUCACUCAGCAAUUAAUCCUAUAUAUACACAGCAUCCUUGUAAAGCAGCUUUAUUGAUUUUAUUACUAGUAGUUAGUCUUUUCCUAGUGUAGUUAGCAUUUUUUAUCCUUUGAGAAAUUGUACUUAAAUGGAAAACCUUUGUUUAAAAAAAGUUGUUACUUAGUACUUUAACUUCCAGACAUCUUCAUACAGGUAUGAAUGUGAAGAAUGAACAUUUUUCAUGGGUGAAAAUAUUUUUGAGAUGGUUGUUUAAGGACUGACACUAAAUUUUGUCUUUAGUUGUUUCAUUUUUAGUUGGGGGAAGGGGCUAUGGGCUGGGGAAGGGACCACAGUAUGGAAGGGUAGGAUGGACAAACAUACAGCACAGAUGUCCUAUAUGCCUUGACAGCAUGGUUAAACCCCAAACUAUCAAGUGUGGUCAUGUAUUUUGCCAAGAUUGUUUGAGUCAAGCUCUGAAGAUAUUAAAUGUUUGCCCCAUUUGUAAGGAGCCACAAGGAAUCGUGACAGGUAAUCAACCACCAGGGCAUAUGGCUUGGUCCACUCUGCAUUCCAGUCUCCCAGGUUACUAUGGGUGUGAUACCAUCUGCAUUCAGUAUUCAUUUCAAUCAGGAAUUCAAGGCCCAGAGCACCCAAACCCUGGUCAGCGGUACAGUGGGACGCAUCGUACUGCGUAUUUACCUGAUAAUCGCGAGGGUAGAGAAGUCUUGCAGCUGCUACACAGAGCUUUUAAUGCACGAUUGGUUUUUACUGUGGGAACCUCCAUAACAACAGGACUAUCCAAUCAGAUCACAUGGAAUGAUAUACAUCAUAAGACAAGUACAACGGGUGGUGCCCACGGGUUUGGUUAUCCCGAUCCACACUAUCUCCAACGUGUUAAGGAAGACCUCGCCGCGAAAGGGAUCCGAUGAUCUUCAGCAGUCGAUCGCUUACAUUAAUACAAAUUGAAACCAGUACACUGUACCUGUUUCAGGCUUUUUUAGAACGAAGACAUGGCUUGACAACUGCAAUAACAAUUCUUGGAAAUUUGCAAAGUCUACUGUAAAAAUUUUUCCAGUUAAAAUCUUUGUUUAUCUGAGUUUUUCUGCUUCCUUGCAGGGUCAUUUUACAUGAACAGCCUUUCUUUGAGAGAGAGAGAGAGAGAGAGAGAGAGGGGGGUAGAGGGGUGGAGGAUGCUAGGGGAAUCAUGGUUUUUAGAGGGAACAGAUGGGGAAUCAGUCGUUAGCAACAGAGUAUGAAAGGGGGGCUUAAGAAAAUAAGGGGAAAGAAUAUCAAAGAACCUUAUGGCGGGAUGAGGUAAAUUUUACUGUGACACAACAAAAAUGCUCCAAUCCCCACUCCUCCCUGGCCGCCACCCCCGCGAUAAAUAAUGACUUUUCGAAUGUUCCCCAAAGGGAUUGUUGCUAUUGCUAUUCUUUGAAAGUGCUAAUAAAUUUGAAGAGUACAAAUAAAUUUUUUUAAAUUUUUUUUACAGUACUGAAGAUGAUUCGAUUUCCUGGCGGGUUAAUUGUGUGACCUGCGUUUACGAAGUCUUACAAAAAAACGGUAUUUUACGUCACUGCUGACGAGAGACUGAAAAACAACGACAAUUUCCUUCAUUCCGAGUGAUUAUUUUAUUAUUUGACGGGAGACCGGUGUCUAACAAUCGACAAGCUGUGCAGCUUACCCAAGAGACAGCUUCCUAAAGUUACAUGUUACAUUUAGUGCACAAAGCCAUGGUCUGUCAUCUUCAGCUGUAAAGUCGUCUUCCUCUCUGUCAUUUUCUUUUAACUAAAUGUAAGGACGUUCAUGUACACCUCAUUGCAAGAACGUUUUUAUAGAAAAAACAAACGAUAGGAUGCAAAGAGAAUUAGUUUUGCAUUUAAAUCUUUGUUGGAUGAAUCAACUAAAUACAAUCGUCAAGGCCUCACUUGAAAGCUUAGAAAUAUAUACUUUAAGGUUUUCGCACAAUUCAGCCCUUAGAAAAAUGAAACAGCUGGGUACCAACACAUUUUCUUUGUGAAUGUGUGCCGUGGGACUACGUCUUCUUGUUUUCAAACUCUGUCACUUAUCUGUCACAGUAUUUUGGUUAUUGCAAUAAGGUGUACAUGUACAUAAAAAAAUACGAUUCAAGAUGUAACCUCUAUCAAAUCCACACACUGUACCCAUCUCUUCAAUCCUGCUCUUUGGUCGCUGAUGCUUUACGCAUGGGAAACAAAGAUAACAAACAAGCAAGCGUGCAACCAAACAAAGUAACAAACCUACUCACAUUCAAAAACAUAAAGCCCUAAUCGCAGAUUACCUGAGAUUAUUUUCUCUUAAUGAGAUGAUAUAACUAUAGAAAUACAUUACACGCCACACUUUCUUUUCAUUAACUCGCUUUUUUUUCCUAUUUCCUAGGGGAAAAAAACAAAUCUGGCCAGGGGUAACCAAAAGAAAUUGCAAACGCUGUGAAUAUUGCUAAACAAUGCAAAAAUACAUUGGUUAUAGAAAACUCUAUCAUUUUCACGCAGUGUGUUAUAACUGCGAGCGUGUUCUCCAUUGUUACCAGUUUGCACAUGAAACCAAUUUUCACAAAAAGAAGCGAAGAGGGCAAAAUGAGGUGUCAAAACGUAAUUCUCGCAGCCUUUCGCAACUUUUCUUUUCUAUCGGUAGAUGCCGGUUUGUUUUUGCUCAUUCUUUUCUCGAUCAUCUUUUUCGACUGCGAGCUUGGCUCCUCCCCCGCACUCGCCCUCCUCCCCCCUUCCCCUCCCCCUCCCCAGUCAUAACGUUGCCGAACGACACCUGGGGUGGGUAGAGCUACCACAGGAGAAACGAUAUAGAUAGGUUUCUACAGAGCCGCACAAACUCAUUUUGACAGGACGACCAUGCUCAACUGAUUCAGGCGGGAACUGUUUGGUAACAGCUAUGAUUCACAAAGUUAUCAUUCAUUUGUACUUCACCAUAUCAUGAACAUCUAAAUAAUUUUGUCGAGUGCUAAGGAAAGUACGAAACAAAUAUAGCUGUGCCGCAUAAGUAGUCUUAACCAUAUAUGGAUAUAUAUACUAAAACCAAUGGAAAACGAAAGUCCUCUUUUUCUUUGCUUUUGCGCUACGCGUUUCACCGCUAUUGCGACCCUCCAGGUAUAGUAGCAAAGUGUGUUUAUUGACUUAUUAUGUCACAGAUCUAACUGUAAUUACAAUAACAAAGGCUAUUGUAAUUCGAAGCACGCGCGAGCAAUUAGCGUAAUUUCAAAUCAUUCAGAAAGGGUUUAUAGUUCGAAAUAAAAAAUCUUUCUUUGUUCUUUCUCAUGACCUCGGAAGGGUCGAGAAUCUUGUAAAACGGAAAGAUAGUGAACUGAGGGGUCAAUCCCGCAGCACAUUCAUCAAUAUUAGCAUAUGCCUGAAGAGCCGCAACAGCAGUGAAACGCGUAGCGCAAAAGCAAAGAAAAAGAGGACUUUCGUUUUUUAUUGGUUUUAGUAUCUUUAUUCGACACGGAAGUUUAAGUUUCUUUACAUAUAUUUAUAUAUAUGAAUAUAUGCCAUUCUUAAUAUAAUAAAUCUGUUAGUGACGAAGCUUGUUCCGCUUAUUUGGCUGGUCAAGAUAGCUAUCGAAUAUAUGAUAUAUGUAUAUAUAUGCGUUAAUGACCGAGCAUGAGGUCAAGAUAACUGGACAUUAGCCUCGCUAUUUCUUGGUCUUUUUUUUAUGGACCUUGACUUUGUCUCAGUCCUUAAAAAGCAAACAAAUAACUCGGCCAAUAUUCAGCUAUCUUGACCAGCCAAAUAGACGGAACAAGCUUCGUCACUAACAGAUUUAUUAUAUUAAGGGUGACUUGUUUACCUCGAGAGCCGGGAAAGAAAGCGAAAAAACACAACAAACAACUGUGUUCGUAGCACAAUGAAGUCACGAGAGUCCAUCAUGUUUUCUUUGUUUGGACUAUCUUCGGCCGCUUUUUGCGUCUCCAUCGCUGACAUUGUUCAAGAAUGACGAACUUAAUACCGAUAAAAUCUUUUCAUGUGCGAGAUCAAAGUGGGGAAUCCCGUACGGGCAAGAUGGGUCCAUCUUGACUCAGGAAGCCAAUCAGAACACAGAAUUCGCUUUAUUUUGCCCACAGGCGCUGCCAGCGACGUAAUAAGGUACGCCGCAUGAUUUCUUUUUCCGUGCACGAUCUAUAAUGGAUCACGAUUAGCUGAUACGCAAAAAAUUCCGAGUCUAAAUUAAGUCCGCUCAAUAUCAUGAACAACCAAUUGCAACCAGACAAAAAAACAACAAGACGAAGAGGGGAAACAAACAUAAAGAACUUCGUUAUCCGAGCGCGAUCUAUGAUGGAUCGCCAAAACUUAAAGUAUUCAUAGAGUCGGCUAACUUUUACGACGAAAACCGGUCAAACAAAAAAA